GGAGCGGCCGCGGCCAUGGGGGGGCGCCGGGGCUGCCCGCUGCUGGAGGACAGCUUCACCCGCCUGGCCUCCCAGAGCAACGUCUACGGGCUGGCGGCGCUGGCCGGGGGCGGCGCGGGCCGGGGGGACCCCGACGGGGAGGGGGGGGCGGAGCAGGGCGCGGGGGGGCCCCCGGAGGGGGGGGCCGGGCCCGAGGGCCCCAGGGGGCUCCUGGUGGCCACCCUGAAGGGGAAGGUGAUUUACUUCCGCUACCAGGAUCUGCGGCAGAAACUGCGGCCGGUGGCCAGGGAGCUACAAUUCACCUACAUCCCUGUUGAUGCUGAGAUUGUCUCGAUUGACAGUUUCAGCAAGUCGCCGCCGAAGAGGGGUCUCGUGGUGGGAAUAACGUUCAUUAAGGACUCUGGAGAUAAAGCGAGUCCAUUUCUGAACAUUUAUUGUGACUAUGAGCCCGGAUCGGAAUAUAACCUGGACUCCAUCGCACAAAGCUGCCUGAACCUGGAGCUGCAGUUCACCCCAUUCCAGCUGUACCAUGCGGAAGUCCACGUUGGAGACCGGCCAGAGACAGUCUUUCUGCUGAGCGGGAACGACCCCUGCAUUCACCUGUACAAAGAGAACAAAGGCUUGCACCAGUUCGAGGAGCAGCCCGUGCAGAACCUCUUCCCGGAGCUCCAGGAGCUGCCCAGCAACGUGCUGUGGCUGGACGUCUGCAACAUCCCCGGCUCAGGCCGGCGUCUCACAGCCUUCGGGUGCCAGAGCGGCUACGUCCGGGUGGCCCAGGUGGAGCAGGCCAGCAGAGAGGUACUGCAGAGCUGGAGCGUUCAGCAGGACGGCCCCAUCUCCAAGGUGCUGGUGUUCAGGCUGCCGUGCUCCGAGAGUGACCCUGCCCACAAUGGUAACGGUGGCGACCAGGGCUACAGUGUGCUCGUCACUAGCACCAUCGAGCUGUCCGUGGUGUACAGGAACGUCCUGACCCACGGGCUGGCGGAUCAGCUGACCCUGCCAGCCAGCGACCAGCAUGACAGCGUGCUCUGUGCCCUGGUGACCGACGUCGAUUUCGACGGGGCGCCCGAGAUACUCCUCGGCACGUAUGGGCAGGAGCUGCUCUGUUACAAGUACUGGAGCUCGGGAGCUACCGGUGCUGGCGCAGCCGAGGCCGAAGGCUUGUCGCUGCCCGCUGGGGAGUUCCAUCUGCUCUGGAAGCGGAGUUUCCCCAGCCCCCUGCUGUCCAUGGAGUACGCAGACCUGACCUGUGAUGGGCUCUGCGAGCUGGCCGUGGUGUGUCUGAAGGGGCUGCAUGUCCUGCAGCUGCAAAAGUUACUGGUGAUGGAAGUGUCACAAUAACUGACCCUCUGAUCUGUUGCGCUGCGAACACCUCUGCCUGCGCCUGCCACCACACGAAGGAGUAUUGCCUUUUAUCACGUCUAGAUUCCCUGGGCCGUACCUUGCUGGGGAUCUGCCGGCGCUUGUAUGGGCCGAGGGUAACAGGGAGCUCAGAGUUCGUGGCUCUGUCGAGUCCCUCCUCCGCUCUGCUCUUUGCCUAUUAACGAUUCAUUUCAAAUAGAAACGUGGGCCCCGGGCCAGCCCCUGCGUGCCGGGGAACAGAGAAGGGCAGCAAACAGGGGGGUAAAAACCCCAUUUCCAGGUGGUGGCGAAUGUCCCCAGCACGGUGCUGCAGAGCACGGCCUGAAUGUUGCAUGCAGCAAUGGGGAGCUUAUAUCCAAGAGGAGCAGCCCGGGAUCGGGAGGGCCGCCCUAGCCCCGUUGUCCUUGUACUCUUGGAGAAUCUUCCCGGAGAGCCGCAGUCUCGUAAACAGAGGCAGGACUUCCUGCCCUUGCCGACUGUAGGAAGGAAAAGGGAGACUGUCUCUAGGGCUGAGAAAAGGCAAACGUCUGAGGUGCCCUAGUCCGGCUCCCCAUAGAACAGCCCCAAACGCUGCCUGUAGACCCGGCUGUCACAAGGGAAAGGUGCCAGGCCUGAGUCCUGCACUUUGACAUCGGGGUGCAGCCAGACGACUCUGCAACGUGUGUUCUGUGCACGACGCACCCCAGACACGAGCCAGGAUACAGAACAGCUGGCAGAGAAAGAAAGAGCAGAUCCGCUCAGCGGCGAUUGAUUAUCGUUCUGCCAGCGCCUAGGAGCCCAUUGUGCUGGGAGAGGCGCGCCGAAGGCAGCCCCUGCCCUGGCGGGCUCAUGCGAUGGAGAGAGACAGGCAGGCAGGAGCUGCAGAGGAGAAGAUUCUUGUGCGGAUGCGUGUGCAGGUUAGCAGAAGCGAGCGCUAGGCCAGUCGAGCGGUGGGAGGCCAGGCCUGCCGGGGCGGCUGAAGUGAGUUCCGGCAGGUGGGUGAUCUGAGCUGGCUCCUGAAAUGAAGGGAGGCUUCUCGAUAGCGGUAACCUCUCUGGGCCCGUCCCGCUCACCAGCUCACUGCUUCUCCCCCUUCUCCU